CAAAAACUGUCACCAACAUUUGUCAGUGUCAGCUGUUAUUUGUAACUAACAAAAAAUAAGUAGUAACUAGGCUUUGGCGAGAUGGCGACCCUACCGCUGGGUAUCAAAACACAAACACAAAAGUUAUGUAACCUAUAUAAACGAGCCAUACGUAAUUUGGAGUCGUACUAUGAUAGACGACAUGUAUUCCGUUUCCAAGCAGUAUUGCUAAGGGAGAGAUUUGACAAAAUUGCUGCUCUGCAAGACCAGCGUGAAUUUAACAAACGCCUCCAAGAAGAAGAAGACUCUCUUUUUGCAAUCAUACAUCCUAUACCGAAAAAGUUUCCUUUGAGUCCGGGUGGUGUUGCAUAUGCCCGUGUAGUGACUCCUCCCGACUGGGUACUCGACUACUGGCAUCCCCUGGAAAAGGCGCAGUACCCUGAAUACUUCAAGCGGCGCGAGGAACGUAAGAAGGAAUUUGUAGCCAUGUGGGAGAAAGAGUUCGGCAAGGAGGAGCCAAAAGACAAACAUCAUUAGACAGUUUUUUUAAGUUAUAAAGUGUAAAUCAAAUAUAUUAGUGCUCAUAA